UUGUAAUAUCACCCGGCGUGCUUUUUGCAUGCACUGCGGCACAAGCUUCGUUUGUGGCAUCCACUUCAGCUCGAUAAGCUGUAUGAGUUUGUGUGUGAGUUCUCUGUAUGACAGCAGUUAGUGUGAGGGGUGAGGAAAACAAACACUGGGAACCGUUUUCUUGCCAUUUAAUGGUCUGACUCACGCUAACACCGCCUGCGCGAAUUCAGUGGAGCGUCCUGGCGUGAAUAUCGAACGCAAUCUAGGAAGAGGGCUCAUAUUUACUCUGUGUCUGCUUCAGUAGUUUGACAGGGAUGACAGACGAGGCCCUGUUUGAAUUUCUCCACAUGGAGAUCGUGUCCCAUGUUUACAAGGAGCAGCAAGCCAGUAAUGGAGGGAUGGACAACAAGGACAGAGCUGUCUGUGUCUCUGUCCUCGAAGGCAUGGGCUUCAGGGUGGGACAAGGACUCAUUGAGAGGUUGACCAGAGACUCUCCCAGCUUUAAGGAUGAGCUGGAUAUAAUGAAGUUCAUCUGUAAAGACUUCUGGACAAAGGUGUUCAGGAGGCAGAUUGACAACCUCCGAACAAACCAUCAGGGUACCUAUGUUCUACAGGACAACAAGUUUGCUCUUUUGACUCAGCUCUCCAGUGGAAAACAGUACCUGGAUCAGGCUCCUAAGUAUCUCGCUUUUUCGUGUGGCAUGGUGAGAGGAGCUCUGUCUAACAUUGGUCUGGACAGUGUGGUGACAGCUGAGGUCUCUGUCAUGCCGUCCUGUAAGUUCCAGGUGGUGAUCCAGAAGUUGUGACCUGAUCCUCUUUGCCACCGUGGUGCAGAUGAACAGGCCCCUGUGGGGUUCUGUUAAUCCUAAAGAGGGAUAGCUGUUCGUGUCCUCCCACCGAGCAAGCCAACCACAGAGGGAAUCAAACACCACCCUGGUUUCCAUAGCCGGGGACGAGCCAGGUUUUUGCUGAUAACCUGUUACCCCUGACAGAGCAAACAGCAUUGGACAGAGUUUAUCUUUUACUUGUGGUCGUCUGAUAAAGAAGAUUUGUUUUAUUCCUUUUGCUUCUUCACUUUGAUAAAUGGUUACUUUUCCACUCUUUCAACUAAAUAUUCUAUGGUGUUCUCAAUUUUAGUUUUAACUAAAUGAGUUCAGUCAAAACCUGACUGACCCCACUUAAAAAAAUAACUGUCAGUGGCUGUGAAUGCAGUAAUGUAAAUGUGAAUGUAUUGUUCAUGAGAAGGUAACUUAAUAAUCUCUGUAACAUGUUGCAAUGUGGAUUUAAGAAAUAAUUGGAAAUUAAAAAAAUAACAAAAUGAAGGACAAGACAUUGAUUUAGAUGAUACAGGCCAUUUUUAUUUAGCAUGCAUCCAAAUAAAAGCUACUGAGCAUUUAAAAAUGAUUCCACAUGACACAUCAGAUUUCUUAUUAAGCUCUUGUUUUGCUGUAACAGCACCUGGUGCUUUGUUCUGCCUUGUAGCUGGUUGUAGUCAGUUAUUUAAACUUCAGCUCAGUUAUGUUAUAUUACUAUAUGUGGUAACAGUUUCUAGACCUGGCUUUUGUAAUAACAAAACUGGAAUGACAGCAUCACACUCAUCCUCUGUAGUGUUCUCUAAUUUUCAAAGCUGAUCACUCAAACUGGGUUUUUCAUUUUUGUAUCCAAGUUUCCUUUUUUUGUCUUUUAUAGAGUAUUAAUAAGUAAACAUGAUAUUGUCAUGUUUUUUUAUUGCUUCAUUUCCUAAUCAGCAAGACUAUGUGAUGUUUGAUCUAUUUAUUUUAUUUCUCGCAUCUGAACAUUUUUGGUCAAAUAAUGUGACAAGAAUACUGGAACAAUGAGGUCCGUCAAACAAGCAGACAACUCGAUGAACACAACAAUAAAGAAAAUCACCUCUGGUUGAA